ACUGAUUCAUUCAUGGACGGAACCGGAAACCUGGCAUUUCCUGGUUGAGGAAGAAGAUUCGAAUUUUGGGAGUCGUUGACAGUAGAGCAAUCUUCUUCAGUCUCAUCCUCCUUCGCCUAUCUAGCCAAGGUCAUGUCUGAACCAGUGAAGGCCAGCUCCGGCACGAGGGACCCGAGGGACCACAGUCACCGCUCAGUAGACGGUCGUCCAUUCUCUCACCAUUCAGCUGCAUCUGAUGGCCAUACAGUCACUUCCUUGGAUGACCACCACGCACUCUCACAUCAUUCAGACACAGGUGGUGCCAAUGGGCAUGCGCACUCAGAUCUUCCAUUUGACGGCCAUAUACACACGUAUAUUCCAGACAUGGACGAGGACAGGAUCUACAUGGACUAUAACGCCACCACCCCACUGGAGCCACAGGUGAUCCAGGCUGUUACUGAAGCCUUGCACGAGGCCUGGGGAAACCCCAGUAGUACCUACACACCAGGAGUGAAAGCAAAGAAGAUCAUUACCCAGGCGAGAGAGAAUGUGGCUAGAAUGGUGGGGGGGAAAGCAGAUGACAUCAUCUUCACCUCUGGUGGGACUGAGGCCAAUAACCUGGUGUUCCACAGUGCCCUGGAGGCCUACAGAGAGAGCUGCAGGACAGCAGAGCAGAGAGGGGAGAGACAUCGCCAUGAGAACAGCGGAACCUCAGCCUGGCCUCUACCUCAUAUCCUCGUCUCUAACGUAGAGCAUGACUCUGUCAGACUGACCGCUGAACACCUGCUGAAGGACGCCACGGCAGAUGUGACGUCAGUGGCGGUUUCCAAGGUGACGGGGAGGGUGGAGGUGGAGGAUGUGUUGGCUGCUGUCCGCCCCGCCACCUGUCUCAUCUCUAUCAUGAUGGCUAACAACGAGACAGGAGUCCUAAUGCCAAUCAGAGAGCUCUGUCAGAGGGUCAGCUUUGUCAACAGACAGCGUCAACAUAGAAUCCUCCUGCACACUGACGCGGCCCAGGCCAUAGGCAAGGUGCGGGUCGACGCCCGUGACCUGGGAGUGGAUUACCUCACCAUUGUAGGACACAAGUUCUAUGCACCGAGGGUGGGAGCGUUGUAUGUGAACGGCCCAGGAACAACCACACCCCUCUACCCCAUGUUGUUUGGAGGGGGACAGGAGAGGAACUUCAGACCAGGCACUGAGAACACACCAAUGAUCGCUGGCCUUGGAAAGGCAGCAGAGCUGGUGAACGCUAACCUGACUGAGUAUGAAACUCAUAUGCUGGAUACAAGGGACUACCUGGAGGAACAACUAGAGGCGAUCUUUGGGAGAGAGAGGAUCCAUUUCAACAGUCAUUUCCCUGACUCGGAGACCCUACCCAAUACCUGUAAUGUGUCUAUUCUGGGUGCUGGACUACAGGGGAGGAAGGUAUUGUCCAGCUGUAGAAGACUGCUGGCCAGUGUUGGGGCUGCAUGCCAUUCACACAGAGGAGACAGGCCCUCCCAUAUCCUGCUGAGCUGUGGCAUCCCUGAAGAGGUGGCAGCUAAUGCCCUGAGGCUGAGUGUGGGGAGAGGGACCAGCCGGGCUGAGGUAGGCCUGGUGGUGGAGGAUCUGAAGAAUGCUGUCGAGAGGCUGGAGGGGCUCAACUGAUCAACGUUGAUUGUAAUUGUUUGACCUAUCAGGUUGAUUGAUCUACAGAAUAUACACCUUUUCAUAGUGCUGUGUGUUGCAAACAGUUAAUAAUUUAAAGCAAUAUCUUGUCGAUUCUGCAGUGAGAAUGUUUCACCUUUGUGAAAGGUGUUUUUUGUAAUUUGUUGUUGUUAUUUGUUUGUAGCAUGUAGCAUGCGUGUAGACCACAUUUAUACUUUUAGUACUUCUUAUUCAUUUCAUUCAGGAGAAAAUGUUUCCAAUGUUUAAGACUGAAAUUUUUUUACUCAAACUUGACUUGAAUGAUGUGAAAUAGAUGGAUGGCUUUACUGGGGUGGCAGGGUAGCCUAGUGGUUAGAGUGUGGAGAUGGCAGGGUAGCCUAGUGGUUAGAGUGUGGAGAUGGCAGGGUAGCCUAGUGGUUAGAGUGUGGAGAUGGCAGGGUAGCCUAGUGGUUAGAGUGUGGAGACGGCAGGGUAGCCUAGUGGUUAGAGUGUGGAGAUGGCAGGGUAGCCUAGUGGUUAGAGUGUGGAGAUGGCAGGGUAGCCUAGUGGUUAGAGUGUGGAGAUGGCAGGGUAGCCUAGUGGUUAGAGUGUAGGGGCGGCAGGGUAGCCUAGUGGUUAGUGUGGAGAUGGCAGGGUAGCCUAGUGGUUAGAGUGUGGAGAUGGCAGGGUAGCCUAGUGGUUAGAGUGUAGAGGCGGCAGGGUAGCCUAGUGGUUAGAGUGUAGAGGCAGCAGGGUAGCCUAGUGGUUAGAGUGUAGAGGCGGCAGGGUAGCCUAGUGGUUAGAGUGUAGAGAUGGCAGGGUGGCCUAGUGGUUAGAGUGUAGAGGCGGCAGGGUAGCCUAGUGGUUAGAGUGUAGAGGCGGCAGGGUAGCCUAGUGGUUAGAGCGUUGGACUAGUAACCGAAAGGUUGCAAGUUCAAACCCCCGAGCUGACAAGGUACAAAAUCUGUCGUUCUGCCCCUGAACAGGCAGUUAACCCACUGUUCCUAGGCCGUCAUUGAAAAUAAGAAUUUGUUCUUAACUGACUUGCCUAGUUAAAUAAAGGUAAAUAAAUAAAUAAACUGAAAAUAAAGCAUCUAACUUCACGUUCAUUGUUUUAUGAUGGAGGGUUUGCUGUUUUGAAUGCGUGUGUUAUCUAAUCAAGCUGUCUAAAUCCCAUGAUAGCUGUUAUCAAAUCGACACCUGGGCUAUUUACACUGCUGUUUAUUAUCUAUGCAUAGUCACUUUACCCUUACCUACAUGUACAAAUUAACUCAACUAACCUGUACCCCCGCACAUUGACUCGGUACCGAUACCC